GUUCCAUACAAAGUGCCUUAGAAGCUGUGUGUAAGCAGCUUCAAAAUUGAAACGAAUAAUCCAAAUCCAAUUGUGUAAUUUACAUGCAAAUGUCUUUGUACCUGUUGGCCAACGACAACAACAACAAAAGCAACAGCAGCUUAGCCAAAGACAAAAGCAGCGUGUUUCUCACAUACGACCAAACGCAACGGCACGGAAAUGCCUUUGAAAAUAUUUAAAAAAUGUCGACAAUAUAAUGUUACGUCCAAAAGAUAUCUUGUUAUUUCGGUGCAUCAUUUACUAGACACCUCAAACACUGUCGAGUGCACGAUUAGCUCGGAGAGCAAGGGCCAGGAGUGCUUGGACAAUGUGUGCCAACGCUUGCUCAUACAGCAGCCAGAGUUCUUUGGCCUGCGCUAUUUGGUGAAGGACAAGGAGGAUGAAUACAAAUGGAUAGACCUGGAGCGCUCGCUCAGCCGGCAGCUAGACAAAUAUGCAGCCUCAGCUAAAAUGUAUCUACGCGUGCGGCAUUAUGUGACGACAGGAGUUUGCCACUUGACGGAUGAGGCAACGCGCUUCUAUUACUUUCUGCAGCUGAAGAGCGACAUCUACGAGGGACGCAUAGCGUGCGAUAUACGCACAGCCAUAUUGCUGGCGCUGUAUUGUCGCCAGGCGGAGUACGACAGCUACCAGGGCGACAAGCAGAGCAAGGACUAUCUGAAGAAGUCGCUGGUGCUGCCGCGCAAUAUGCAGGGACUGGCCAAUGAUGACAGCAUGUUGGAGGGACUGAUAAUGGAAGUGCUGCAGCAGCAGGCGGGCUUGGCUCAUCUCAGUCAGAGCCAGGCGGAGGAGAUGUACAUACAGUGCUGCCAGCAGCUGGACGGUUAUGGCGAGGAGCGUUUUGCAGCCAAGGAUACGCUGGGCAAUGAUCAGCUACUGGGCCUGGCUAUCAAUGGCAUGGUUGUGCAUGCGGACAAUGGACGCCAGUACUUUCCAUGGAAGGACUUUCAAACGGUGACCAUCGACAAGCGCACGAUCAAAAUAGAGCAGAACAAGCUCGAUGGCGCCGGCAGCAUUGUGGGCAGCUUUAUAUUCAGCGAAGCGGAUACAGCGCGUUAUUUUUGGAAAUUAUGCAUCACUCAGCAUAAGUUCUAUAAGCGUUAUAUAGAUAAGGCCACCACCAACUCCAGUUUGUGCAGCGCUGAGCUAGAAAGUCACAAUGGCUUGUCGGAUGGCGUUGGCUAUGUGGAGUACGACUAUGCAGCAGCAGCAGAGCAAGCGCAGCAGCAUCAACAGCAGCAGCAACAGCAACAACAGCAGCAGCAGCAACAGCUGCUCUCCUCCAACAUAUCGCUGGCAGCUAGUCACAGUCAGCUGUUGGGUCAGAGCAGCAGCUGCUUGGAUCUGAGCAGCAGCAAUGGCAUGUUGCAUCACAAUAACAACAACAACAUUAACAAUAUGAGUACAAUAAGCAGCAGCAACAACUUACAUGCGGACACACAUGAGCGUGAGCGUCUCAAAGCAAUGCUGCCCACCUAUCGUCCAGCUCCAGACUACGAAACAGCUGUGCAGCUGAAAUAUCGCACUCCUUCAGCUGAGCUGCAUAAUGUCGCCUUGGUCGCUGGCAAUCCAGCUGCUUACUAUGCUGGCUCACAGCCCGAUGUCCACAAUCCCGCUGUCUAUGGCGAAAGCUUGCUCUUUGGCCCGAACUUGGCUGCAGCUCAGCGUUAUCCGGAUGUCGCUCAACCCGCAGCCGCUUUGCACGCGCAUCAUCAUCAUCUCAAUCUCUAUCAGACGCAGCAGCAACAGCAGCAGCAGCAACAACAUAAUCCAGCUGCUUAUCUGGAGCUCACCCAACGCAUGCACAUGAUGCAGCAUAAAGCGCCACCGCCAUAUCCAGUCAAUCGCUUAAGCAGCAGCUCCACGCCGGAUCUGGCUGUCGCUACGCCGCGUCCGCUGCAAGGCUAUCGCAACUAUGUCUCGGGCAGCUCGCCAGAUCUUGUAUCCAAUCGCACGCUGCACAAUGGCGCGCAGUUUGUUACGCUUGCCAGCGCCCAUGGCAACAUGCCCACAAGCUCAGGCGCCACUAUGCUGCAUCAGUAUCCGUUCAUCAGCCAUAUGGGCCACUCGCAGCCUUAUUUGCCACCACAUGGUACCUUUGAGAACUUGAUUGAGGAGCAGCCUUCCAUAAUGUCGCAGCUGCGUCAGUCUGCCAUGAGUCAAGCCGCAGUUGCUGCCGCUGCUGUUCAAAGCUCCCCCACAUUGCCGCCCAGCGGCUACCGCAGCUCUGCGCCACCGCCCGCCAGCAGCCCGCUGCCAGCGUUGCCAGCCUCGAGCACGCCCACUCCGUUGCAACGCAGCGCUGCCAACGGCUCCAUCGAACCCAUCUAUGAGAAUGUGCCGCUGCCUCAACGCGCCAGCGGCGGCAGCAAUGGUCCAGCGGAUGCCUCCAUGCGUCAACGCGCCAGCUCCAUACAGUCGGCGCCGCCAAGCUCCGCGCCAGCUCCGGUGCCGGCCGUGCGCAGCAACAACAGCAACAACAAUGUUGUGACCUUAACCGUUAAUGCGCCCGCCGACGAUGAGAUUACGCGUAAUAUUAAGAAAUACGUCGCUGCUGAUCGCGCUGCCAGCACCGAGCUGCAGUUUCUGGAGCCGCAGGCGCCACAACGUGCUGCACGUGCCGCCAGCGCUGCGCCUGCCAUCGGUGCCACGCCCCCACCGCGUCAGCAUCGCUCCACGGCCAGCUUAAACAAAUCCACGUUGGAGGAGUCACUGCAGCAGCAGUUUAGUGCCAUGAAUAUGUCCGCCAACACCAGCGCAUCCACAUCUUCCAUGUUCAACUCCACGCUGGACACCACGAGCAGUUCGGCCGCCAGCAAGGAUACCAAGCGUCGUCGUCGCUGGAACAUUUUGUCGCGCAGCAAAACACCGGAUAAACAAAAGUCCGCCACGCUGGGACGACUCAAGGCGAACAGCUCGGCCACACAGCAAGCUCAGCUGGCGACGAAGCUAAAGCUAGCGCAGGAUGAUCUCAACCUGCCGCAUCGCUGGUCUACGGGCGUGGCCAAGCCGCAGCCCAUUUCCGGACAGUAUUCUAAGGAUAAAUUGUGCCAGAUUUUGAAUGACAAGCUGCAGGAUGCGCAGCUCUUUAUGGAAUUCGAGCGCAUACCGAAGCGACGUGAGCAUGCGCAAUACGAUUGCGCCUUGCUGGAGGAGAAUGAGCUGAAGAAUCAUGAUCCCAACUUUUUGCCAUAUGAUGAUAAUCGUGUGCGCCUCACACCCGCAAUGGACAAUCGCCAUGGCUAUGUAAAUGCCUCCUAUAUAUCGGCCACUGUAGGCACCAAGCAGCGCUUUUAUAUAGUCGCUCAAUCACCGCAGGAGCUACAGACGAUACGCAUUUUCUGGCAAUGCGUCUGGGAGGCAGAUGUCUACCUGGUGGUGCAGCUAACCGAAGAUAUGAGCUACAUACCGCUCAGCAGUCAGCAGCGCAUGGAGUUUGGUCAGUUCCAGGUUUAUCAGGAAUUCUCACAAACCACCGAUCGCUGCACCACCAGCAAGCUGCGUUUGUAUCACGCACCAUCGCGUCGUUAUCGCUCCGUUUGGCAUUUGCAAUAUGCCGACUGGGCGGAGCAGAAUUGUCCACGCGAUGUGAAUCACUUUCUAGAAUUUCUCGAGGAACUCAACUCGGUGCGACUGGCAUCGACGCAUGAAGUUCCACCGGGACAUAAUACGAAUCCACCAGUGCUCAUACACUGUCUAGAAGGAGGCGGACGCUCUGGUGUGACCUUAACAGCAGAUUUGCUGCUCUACACUUUGGAUCAUAAUGAGGAUUUGGACAUACCGCGCGUCAUUGGCCAGCUGCGUCAUCAGCGGGAUAGUAUUAUACCAUCACUGGCGCAAUAUAAAUUCAUUUACAAUUUGCUCAUCACCUAUUUGAAACGCACGCGCUUGAUUUAGUAUUUUUCAUUUCAAAACGAACAACUUCAGUCUUUAGACUAGGUCCAUCCUUGAUUCAUUUGUACCAUGUUCAUCCAGCAACAAAUUAUUAACCCCGAUCAUUUAGUGUAUUUAGCUUGUGAUCCCAAAUUGUUUAUACUAUAAGCUCUUUUGAAUUUGUUACCAAAAUUUAAGCGCUCCACCCAAUGCAAUUAUGCAUAAUUUGUAUUAAUUAUAGUGCUUAGUUUUAAAGCCAAAUUAUUUAUACACGAUUUUUUUUAAAACUAACAAAUGCCUUACGAA